AUGGAUAUCGACGAUAUCCUCCGAGAAAUCGACCCUGCAUCCAACAGCGUCCCUCAAGGCACGCGCGAUCUGCAGGCUCUGACGCGUCGCUGGGUCGCCGAACGGUCGGCACCAGAGCUGCUCGAGUACGCGGAAUCAAGUCCCCGGUCCACGUGUGGCAAACCCUCCGUCGCUGACGCCUGCAGAUGGCCUUUGGACGGCCUCUUCGAGCGCGUCAACGAGCGCAUCAAGCGGCAGAUCGAAAAGGUCGAGGACAUGACCGGUGACAUGGACCCCAAGACCAACUUUGCUCUCAUCGUCAUCCAAACCGAGCUCGAGCGUUACAAGUUCCUCGUCCGCAGCUUCCUCCGCGUCCGCAUGGCAAAGAUCGACAAGCACACGCUGCAUUACCUCUCCUCCCAACCCCUCCGAGAUAGACUGUCGCCCACCGAGCUCGCCUACGCCACCCGCCACCAAGCCCUGCUGCACAACCAUUACCUCUCCUCCUUCCUCGCCUCCUUCCCGCAGCAGCUGCAGAACCUCAACGACACGGCCGGCAACGUCAGCAUGAUCGACGCCCCCGACCUCGACGCCGCCGUUUUCGUUCGCAUGCUGCGCGAUCGCGACGUCCACGCCCGGGGUACCGACGCCGACAACACGCUGCCCGCCGAGAACGGUGACGUGCUCAUCCUGCGGUGGGCGAGUGCCCGCCCGUUGGUCGAGGACGGCGACGCCGAGCUCGUCUGA